CAGUAGCGCUCUGGUGUUAAAGAGUGGAAUAAGAACACAAAGCUUUCAGAUAGUCACUGAACUCUGUACGAGUGAAGUUAUUAUUGAAGUUGCUCUGGUCAAGGGAGAAAAAUGAACACUGUAGAAGUCCUGAACGCGCUUAACGCUGGAGAGGAAACGACAGCGGAACCCGCGGACACACCUGAAGUGCUUGUCCAGGCCGCAGAACCGGCUCUGGUCCAACCCGCAGAACCGGCUCUGGUCCAACCCGCAGAGGUUCCUCAGGACCAGGUCACGGAUUCUGUGAGUCAUUCUGAGGAGAAGAUGCAGAAGCUUGCGGUGUCCAAUUUUCAGCUGCAGGAGAGAGUGAGGGAGCUGGAGGAACUGCUCUGUGAGGCACAGAAGAGUUCCAUGGCGAAACUUGAGGAGAAACACCAGAUGGAGAAGGCGAACCUGACCAACCAGGUGGCGAAACUGCGAGAAACAGUGCAGAAGAUGGGGAACAUGCUCACUGAGACUCACAGGGAGUGUGAAGCGCUAACAGACCAGUAUGAGCGAAAGUGGGAGGCUCACAUCGUCCUCCAGAAGGAGAACGAUGAGAUGAAGGAGACUCUGAUGCCCAAGGAGGAGUUACUAACGGUCUCAUUGGCUGAAGCCGAGGAGAAACCCCAGAAGGCUGAGGAGACCAUUGCUCAGCUGGAGGUGGAGAAGGCGAACCUGACCAACCAAGUGAAGACACUCAGAGGAACAGUGCAGAACUUGGGGAACAUGCUCACUGAGACUCACCGGGAGUGUGAUGAGCUAACAGACGAGUAUGAUUGUGAAUGGGAGGCUCACAUCAUCCUCAGGUCAGUGAACAAUGAGAUGAAGGAGACUCUGAUGCACAAGGAGGAGUUACUAAAGAAGCUCCAGAUGAAGAAAGAUAAGAUGAAGAAGCGUCUGACACACAUAACGGAGUUCAUGAAGCGCUCCCUGGCUAAAGUUGAGGAGAAACACCAGAACGCUAUGGAGACCAUUGCUCAGCUGGAGGUGGAGAAGGCGAUCCUGAAACACCAGGUGGAGACACUGCAAAGAACAGUGCAGAGCAUGGGGAACAUGCUCGCCGAGACUCAUAGGGAGUGUGACGAGCUAACGAACGAGUAUGAGCGAGAGCAGGAGGCUAACAGCAUCCUCGAGGCAGUGAACGAUGAGAUGAAAGAGACACUGAUGCGCUCCCUGGCUAAAGUUGAGGAGAAACACCAGAACGCUAUGGAGACCAUUGUUCAGCUGGUGGUGGAGCAGACAAACCUGAAACACCAGGUGGAGACACUGCAAAGCACAGUGCAGAGCAUGGGGAACAUGCUCGCUGAGAGUCACAGGGAGUGUGACGCGCUAACGAACGUGUAUGAGCGAAAGCGGGAGGCUCACAUCGUCCUCCAGAAGGAGAACGAUGAGAUGAAGGAGACUCUGAUGCACAAGGAGGAGUUACUAACAGUCUCAUUGGCUGAAGCCGAGGAGAAACCCCAGAAGGCUGAGGAGACCAUUGCUCAGCUGGAGGUGGAGAAGGCGAACCUGACCAACCAAGUGAAGACACUCAGAGGAACAGUGCAGAACUUGGGGAACAUGCUCACUGAGACUCACCGGGAGUGUGAUGAGCUAACAGACGAGUAUGAUUGUGAAUGGGAGGCUCACAUCAUCCUCAGGUCAGUGAACAAUGAGAUGAAGGAGACUCUGAUGCACAAGGAGGAGUUACUAAAGAAGCUCCAGAUGAAGAAAGAUAAGAUGAAGAAGCGUCUGACACACAUAACGGAGUUCAUGAAGCGCUCCCUGGCUAAAGUUGAGGAGAAACACCAGAACGCUAUGGAGACCAUUGUUCAGCUGGUGGUGGAGAAGGCGGACCUGAAACACCAGGUGGAGACACUGCAAAGCACAGUGCAGAACAUGAGGAACAUGCUCGCCGAGACUCAUAGGGAGUGUGACGAGCUAACGAACGAAUUUGAGCGAGAGCAUGAGGCUAACAGCAUCUUCGAGGCAGUGAACGAUGAGAUGAAAGAGACUCUGAUGUGCUCCCUGGUUGAAGUUGAGGAGAAACACCAGAACGCUAUGGAGACCAUUGUUCAGCUGGUGGUGGAGCAGGCGAUCCUGAAACACCAGGUGAAGACACUGCAAAGAACAGUGCAGAACAUGGGGAACAUGCUCGCUGAGAGUCACCGGGAGUGUGACGCGCUAACGAACGAGUAUGAGCGAGAGCAGGAGGCUAACAGCAUCCUCGAGGCAGUGAACGAUGAGAUGAAAGAGACUCUGAUGUGCUCCCUGGUUGAAGUUGAGGAGAAACACCAGAACGCUAUGGAGACCAUUUCUCAGCUGGAGGUGGAGAAGGCGGACCUGAAACACCAGGUGGAGACACUGCAAAGCACAGUGCAGAGCAUGGAGAACAUGCUCGCUGGGACUCAUAGGGAGUGUGACGAGCUAACGAACGACUAUGAGCGAGAGCAGGAGGCUAACAGCAUCCUCGAGGCAGUGAACGAUGAGAUGAAAGAGACUGUGAUGGAGCUUGAGAUGAAGAACAACGAGAUGAUGGAGACUCUGAUGGAAAAAGAGGAAUUAUUGAAGACUCCCUGGCAGAAACUGAGGAGCAACACCAGCAGGCUGUUUAAGAGGCGCAGGCAGAAAACUACAUCCUGACUACUCAAAUGAAGAUCCUGAUACAGCGUGGGAAAUAAGUAUUGGACGCAUCAACUUUUUGUUCAGUAAAUAUAUUUCCAAUGAUGCUAUUCACGUGAAAUUUUCACCAGACAUCAGUAUUAACUCAAGAAAUGAAUUCACAACAUUAAAAAGAAUUCACAACAAAGUCAUAAAUAAAGUUAUGUGCAAUAACGAGGAAUGACACGGGGAAAAAAGUAUUGAACACACUAAGUUAAAGCAGUUCUCCAAGGCAAGGAACUAUCACGAUCUCCCCUUCUGGCAGCACGCUCGGAGAGAUGAGAGGGCGCGCACGCAUGCAUGAGCUACGUGCACGAGUGCUCAGCGAACGCAUGCUCUUCGAUUGUUGACAACGGUGACAUUGUUUACUGUGGACACGUGCCUUUGUUUUGUUUCUGUUCUGUCUCCUCCCUGUUCUGUCAUUGGUUGUGGUUCGAGGGUGUGUCUUCAGUGUUUUCAGCUGUCAGCACUCAGAUUAUAACUGCUAUAUAUACCACGUGCCUCCCAGUACACGGGGCGGAGUAUUAUAGUUAGUAUAGUUAGAUACGUUGUUUAAGUUACCUUGAUAGAUUUAGUUAGUUUACACUUUAGAUUAGUUCAUUAGUCCACGCUGGUUUUUCCGCUCCCAGUUUAUAGUACUAGUUCAUGUUUCUUGUUUUGUGUUUUGACCCUGUUUUCUGUAACCGCAACUUUGAUUCCUGCUUUGCCCCGUUUAUCCCUGUUUGCCGAUCGCCCGACCCUUUGCCUGUCUUGACAACGUUUUUUGGAUUAUGAUUUGGAUUUGUCUGCCUGCCCUAAUAUAAAUAUGUCCUUACCUGCACCUGCUUCCGUACUCUACUCCCUUACGUCUCGCGAUGUGACAGAAUACUCUGCCGAAACAUGGAAGCAGCAGGAGAACGAGGAGAGCAUCACGGCAGUCAAUAUACGGAUUACUGGCCACUAUUCUUAUCGGUGCAGUUUCCCCAGAGGACUGCCGCUGAACUACCCGAUGAUGUUCCUGUGCCACUGCCAAGUGUACUUCUGUAGCUUGGCGUAUCCCAAGCCUGACAAGAAACAGUCGCUUGGGUUCUUAGUGUCCCGGUUUUGCAGCCCGGCCCGUGACUGGGCGGAGCAGCUAGUACGUACAGGUUCCACCGCCCUCAAUGAUGUCACUCAGUUUGCGGAACUUUUUCUGGAGGAGUUCAUGCAGCCAGGACAGCUACACGACCUGGAUUUACUGGGGUGGAGCGUCAAUGGGAUGACCCAGGCUGACCCGCCAUUUCACCUCUAUUACAAGUGGAUGGAUAUGGCAGAAUCCGCAGCUUCGCUUCAGGUUCCGGCCAACGUGGUGGAGAUGGCACCGACCUGUAUGGCUGAGGGCUGCUGGAAAGAGGCUCCGCUGCGGUGUCCUACAUGCACGAAACUAGGUAUCCUGGAAUCAUUUUUCUGCUCUCAGCGAUGCUUCAAGAGCAGCUUGUCAACGUGGCGACAUGAGGUGGUCUCACCCGCCGAGCUUCAGCCAGAGCUGAAGUCCACGCUGGUUUUUCCGCUCCCAGUUUAUAGUACUAGUUCAUGUUUCUUGUUUUGUGUUUUGACCCUGUUUUCUGUGACCGCAACUUUGAUUCCUGCUUUGCCCCGUUUAUCCCUGUUUGCCGAUCGCCCGACCCUUUACCUGUCUCGACUACGUUUUUUUGGUUUAUGAUUUGAAUUUGUCUGCCUGCCCUAAAAUAAAUACGUCCUUACCUGCA